AUGGAAAUGACAAACGGGCACGAGCUGCGGCGCGUCUACGACAACGAUAUCUAUAAACUGGCUAAAAUACUGGAUGUGAACAGCUGCUGGCGUAAGCUGAUGUCCAUCAUACCGAAGCGCCUGGACGCACAAGCUUGCAGCGCAGCAGGGGCGCUCAAGUACCAAGAAAUUUCCACAAAGGAAGGGCUUAAAUACACCGCCCAAGAAAUAAGCCUGAUUGAUGCAGAGCGUUUGUCGGCCGGCCAAAGCAUAUCACAGGUUAUGAUUGAUGAGUGGAAAAUCUCUGGCAAGCAGAACGAACGACCCACGGUUGGUGUAUUACUGCAGUUACUGGUGCAUUCUGAGAUUUAUAGUGCUGCCGAUUUUGUAGCAACACAUUUCCUUAAUGAACCAAAACCAGAUCGGCCUGUUGAUGGGCCAGCAGCGCACAUUAGUCUUGAUCUGAGUAGUGAGGAUCUAAGUCAAGACAUGGAGGUAGAUGAAGGUGCCAGCUUUCAGCCGAAUACAUCGGCCCUAAAUGCAGCUGCUGCCCAGGGACGCGGCACUGGUAUGAACUUGGAUUACUUUGACAAACAUAUGGUUAGGCGUGAUAAAAGCGUGCCACAACAGUUGGAGAAUGGGGCUUCUAGUUCAGUGCCUGUACCGCCGCCGCGAGUGUUAAAAUUUUCGCGCCAGCAAAGAAACACGGACAGCAGUGCUGUGCCGACAACAAAAACAACAAUCAAUACUGCCUCAUCUGCAUCUAUAACCCCGAACAUGCCUAAUCUAUCGAUUUUGAAUGCUAGAAGCGAAGAGCUGGCGCCUGCUAAUGUACAACACGACAAUUGUGUGUGA